AUGGCGUGCGCCGCGGCCGCGAAGGGCGGCGGGAGCUCCUUCUCCGACCGGCACGCCCGCCUCCUCCUGGCCCAGAUCAACCGGCUGCGGGCCGGGCAGAGCUUCUGCGACGUGCGGCUGGAGGUGGGCCCGGAGGCGUUCGCCGUGCAUCGCCUGGUGCUGGCGGCCAGCAGCCCCUACUUCGCGGCGCUCUUCGCGGGCGGCAUGAAGGAGUCCGGUCGGGAUGUGGUGCGGAUCGCGGGCGUCGAGGCGGGCACCUUCCACACGCUCCUCGACUUCAUCUACACAGGGGUGGUGAGCAUCGGGGAGCACAACGUUCAGGAGCUGAUCGUCGCCGCCGACAUGCUGCAGCUCACCGAGGUGGUGGAGCUCUGCUGCGAGUUCCUGAAGGGGCAGAUCGACCCGCUGAACUGCAUCGGCCUCUUCCAGUUCUCCGAGCAGAUCGCCUGUCACGACUUGAUGGAGUUCACCGAGAGCUACAUCCACGCGCACUUCCUGGAGGUGCAGAGCGGGGAGGAGUUCCUGGCGCUGACAAAAGAGCAGCUGAUUAAGAUCUUGCGAAGUGAGGACCUAAGCAUCGAGGACGAGUACCAGGUUUUCAUAGCGGCAAUGCAAUGGAUUUUGAAGGAUGUGGGGAAGAGAAAGAAAUACGUCGUAGAAGUACUGGAGCCUGUUCGAUUCCCUCUGCUACCAGCACAAAGGCUAUUAAAAUACAUAGAAAGUAUUCCAGAUUUCAGCCUUCGGGUGGCCCUGCAAACUCUGUUGAAAGAAUAUUGUGAAGUCUGUAAAUCUCCCAAAGAGAACAAGGUCAGCAGUUUUCUGCAAGCUUCUAAAGGUCGUCCCCGGAGGAAAGCCAGGAAGUACCUUUAUGCAGUAGGUGGAUACACCCGACUGCAAGGAGGACGCUGGAGUGACAGUAGAGCCCUCAGCUGUGUGGAGCGAUUUGACACCUUCAGCCACUACUGGACCACAGUGUCCUCUCUCCACCAGGCCCGGAGUGGCCUGGGUGUGGCUGUGGUGGGAGGAAUGGUCUAUGCCAUUGGAGGUGAAAAGGACUCGAUGAUUUUUGACUGUACUGAAUGUUAUGAUCCUGUAACUAAGCAGUGGACCACUGUGGCUUCCAUGAACCAUCCCCGUUGUGGACUGGGAGUGUGCACGUGCUAUGGCGCUAUCUAUGCUUUGGGAGGUUGGGUUGGAGCAGAGAUUGGCAACACAAUUGAAAGAUUUGAUCCUGAAGAAAAUAGUUGGGAUGUGGUGGGAAGCAUGGCUGUGCCCCGUUACUGCUUUGGGUGUUGUGAAAUGCAAGGUUUGAUUUAUAUUGUUGGUGGUAUCAGCAAUGAAGGAGUAGAGCUACGUUCUGUUGAAGUCUACGACCCAAUAUCUAAACGUUGGUCUGAGCUCGCUCCAAUGGGCACCCAAAGAGCGUAUCUUGGUGUAGCUGCUCUCAACGAUUGUAUCUAUGCUGUAGGAGGCUGGAAUGAAUCUCAGGAUGCACUUGCUACUGUAGAAAGAUACUCCUUUGAAGAGGAAAAGUGGGUUGAAGUUGCAUCAAUGAAGAUACCAAGAGCUGGUGUCUGUGUUGUGGCUGUGAAUGGAUUUCUUUAUGCCUCGGGAGGCCGAGCUCCCAGUCAUGAUUUUGCUGCUCCGGUAACUUCUGACUCUGUUGAAGUUUAUAACCCUCAUAUGGACAGUUGGACUGAAAUUGCCAACAUGAUCACCAGCCGCUGCGAAGGAGGUGUAGCUGUGCUGUAAAACACAAAGAAGAAAACUCAUUCAAGGAACGAGUAAAUCUGUCACCUCAGAUUUCCGGUUUCAUUGGCCAGAAACCUCUUCUAACACAGGAGCUUCAGUAGAGACAGUGGAGAAUUAGAUCAGAGGGCUUUUCCUGAGCAAAAGGAAAUGUUAAAACUCUUGCCCUUCAAAUUGGCUUAUCCGAUGUCUGUCUCAGGAAGUAUUCUGUUAAAGAGUAGGAAUGAUGUUUAUGACUGGAUUAAGCUCACUGAAAUAUAUGGCGAAUUUGCCCUGUAAAAAUCUGAAGAAAUCAUUCCAGCACAUUAGAGGCAUUAACCAGGGUGUUAACUCUCUAAGGUGCACCAAAGCUAGCAUCUUUAGCUGGCCUUACAAUCUGGAAGGAGGUUGCUAUAGACAGCUAGGAGUUACCUGUAGACAAGAGCAGAUGGGCUACUUGGUUAGCAUUAGUUGUCCUUUUCUGGUGGAAAACAAGGAAGAGAAGAUAACAGAUGGGGAAGACUUGGUACCUCUACUUACGACCUUGAUGCAUUUGAGCCUCUUUUCUGCUGCUGGACAUCAUGGGCAUUAAAUAUGAAUUGGAUAUUUACUUUCUGGCCACUCCACUAACUUGGAUGGUGAGUGGCUGAGAAUUUCCUGUUCUGGAAGGCUAUUCUCACAGUUCUAAUAAUGUCAUUCCACUUCAGCACAGGCUUUUCUUCUCAGUGGUAUCAGUGAUGACAAUAGAGCUCCUUUUUGUGUAAGCUCUGAUGAAUUUUAAAUGGAAAUGCUGUUCAUUAGAUGAGCUGUUCUGUUUAGGACUGCUCUUAGUAUAAAAAUAGAGGGAAAGCCUUUUGCCCCCCCCCUUUUUUUUCCCCCCCUUAGUUAAAUGUGUUUUAGCCUGUGUGACACAUGCUGAGACUUGGCAUUGGAAUACAUGCUAUUCAACAAGGUACACACGUUCAUCCUUGCUACAUCUCGUAUCCUGCCUCUUCCAAAUUUGAGUGGACAGAGCAUUUUGUGAUAGAAUUAGCUGCAUUCAGCAUUAAAGUGAUGCUAUUAGUGUGUUUUGUCUUAAGGAGUUUGUAUUUAGCUUGGAUACACUUAGAACAAUACUACUAGGAGUUUGGAGUUAUUUCUAGAUUCAUUUAAUUAACGUACUUGAAGUUGCUGUUUGCACAAUAUGAUUGGAUUUUCUGCACAGCUGUGGAUGAUUUGGAUGGCGUCUGAAAUAAGGCUGCUUGAACUUUGAUAGACAGUGUUAUUCUAGAACACAAAACCACAACUGGAAUGUCACGAAACAGGAAGCCUGCACUGUGUAGACAAAGGAGCAUUCAUGCUGUCUAGGUCAAUAUCCCCUGUGUAAAAUUAACAAAUUAAUACAUUAAUAAAAUCCUCCAAGGUGAGUGUUGCAGGUACCUUAAGAAUCUAGAUCUUAUGUUCUAACAUAGGGUUGGGAGAUUGCCAGGCUAAAACAUGCUAGACAAUGGAGCAUUUGUUUCUCUGAUCGUUCUAUAAUCUUGUGUGUGCUUUGACUUCAAAAGGAUUUCGUACGUGUGUGAACUAAUGUUUAUUCUGUCUUUUUUUUGUUUCCCAAGUUUAAGCUUGUUUUAAACAAUUUUUCAUAAUAAAAUGUAUUU